AUGCAGGUAUUUGCACUGGCCGUUCUUGUGACCGUCGCCGUCGCCCGUCCAGAUAGCCCGCCUAGAUAUGCCUACUCUGCUCCCACACCUUCCUACGCACCCGCCAAGUACGACUUCAACUACGCCGUAAACGACCCACCAUCUGGCAACGACUUCGGACAUGAGGAAGCCCGUGAUGGAGACAACACACAGGGAUCCUACUACGUCCUUCUUCCCGAUGGUCGUCUGCAGAGGGUAACCUACAAUGUGAACGGAGACUCCGGCUACGUGGCUGAUGUCACCUACGAGGGAGAAGCUCGGUACCCCACCCCAAAGGCCUCCUAUGGUCCUCCUCAGCCUUCCUACAAGCCGCCCACUCCCUCAUAUGCUUAAAAAAACUGUGCUAAGGAUAUUUAUUGAACUCGGGUCUUUGUAAAUACUAGAUAUUAAACUGGCAAUCUCCAUCUUUAUUAAUUUUAAAUUCGAUGCAUGGUAUCUAUGAUUUAGAAAAAAAACCCGUUCUGAUUAUUAAAAGAAUAUAUUCCUUCUCAGCUUAGUUGUGCUAAGAAUUCUAAUUAUUGUGGGAAAAUUUCCAGUCUGUCGAUGGCUAACUGUAAUACAGUCUUAAGAUUCUUGUUAUGAAAUAGGCAUGUGUUUUUUUAUGCGACCAUCUUUGUUUUACGAAA